CCUUUUUGCUUGUGCCCCUUGACCACACUAAUUCCAGCAGCUGAGCUUCAACGAGACCCUCACUAUACUCGAGAACGACCACUGAGCAUUGACUACAAAUGACCUGGAAAGAGCUAAUAGGGACCGCUGCGCCGUCCGUAACACUUCCUAAUUACAAUGGUGAACCAUACACGAUAGUCCCCGGCAAAGAUGGUGUCCCCAUUUCUCUCUUCUUUUACCCAAAGUCGGGAUCAUAUGGAUGUACGAAGGAAGCAUGUCAAUUCAGAGAUGCACUUGCAGAGAAGGAAGUCUUCAAAGACGACAGAGCGUUAGUUAUUGGGAUAAGUCCUGACUCGGUGGAGAAGCAAAAGAUUUUUGUCGAGAAGCAGAAAUUGACUUAUCCUGUUUUGAGCGAUGAAAAAUUCGAAGCUCGGAAAGCGUACAAAGUUGGGAAAGGGAUGAUGGGCCUGGCAGAUUACGCAAGAGUAACGUUUAUCAUCGAUGGAAAGGGUAUUGUCAGGGACGCACUUGAUGCAACGAUGAACUACGGUGCCCAUUCCAAGUUUGUAACGAAAUGGUUGGAAAAGUUGCAAAAAGAGAAAGAGGUCCCCGAAGCUAAUUCUGCUCAGGCCACAGAGGAAGUUCCUGAUGCUGCUCCUGCUGCUACAGAGGAAACACCUGCUUCGUCUGAGAGUAAUUAGUUGAUUCCAACACUUUGAUUUUCAACCAGUACCAUAUGGUCCCACACCAUUUCUGUUUUGAUUCCUGCAACUUAUAUACCAAAGUUAGCUAUGUUGGUCGCCGUUCUUGGAAAAACUUCUUGCACCCAAACAGACCUAAGUAUCAAGGUGACACUGAAUCCAGUGAAUGCUUUUUCUUCGCUACUCUGGCUUGCGAGAGCAAGUCUCAGUCCCUGAGACGCGAAAGUUCUACCUCAUACUAUAUACAUAAGUACAAGAUAGCUAUGCCACUGCCAGGCUCAGACGCGUUUCCUACAUGUCACGUGAAGCGCGUGUACUUGUCUCAAUACUUACUGCAAUAAUGGAGAUUGACGAAUAAGAGC